CAUUUCCUUGUCGAACUCCUUUUUGAAAGCAGAGAAAUUCAGAUCUGAAUCGAGUUAAGAAAAAGAAAAAAGAAAAAAGGAGGAAGAUGAGGAAGACAUUCGUGUGCGAUGAGUCCAUGAUCAUCACUAUUCCUAUCGGAGGUCUCGGGGUUGUUCGAGAGGAGCAGCUGAUGCCAGAAAAAUUCCACUGUGUGUUCAAAGAUUCCUACAAGGUGUUUGUUAUCAAGGGGAAACCUCAGCCUCUGGGAGCAGCCCAAGCCGUUGCUGGUGUGUUUCUUUUCGCUCUUGGCAUGAUGUUUAGACACAUAAUCUUCCAAAUGUACACUCUGCCAAGCAUUGUGUUUGUGCUGUGUGGCAUACUGUCCUACGCUGCAGGGAAAUAUCCAAACAUGCAUGUGACAAAGCUGUGCUUCUCUCUGAACAUUAUCAGCUUCUUCUGGUCAAUUGCUGCUUUUUCCCUUGCCCUGACCAGUUUUCAUUUUCCUUUUGGCAUAAGAAACAUCAAGCUGAUGGAUGGAAUCACAGGACUGGCAAUAGGUCUGCUGGUUAUUGAAAAUGUCAUAGCCCUCUUCUUGAUCUACUGGUCGAGUAAAGCUGUGUGCAGAACACAUUUCAACUCUUUGCCCACCAUACUGCUGAAACGUGGAGACUGAAUUUGAUGCAAACCAACAGCAAACCCACUUGUACUACCAGCCUGCCAACGCUAUCCACUCCUCAACAUGCAACAAGAUUGUCAAACUCCUCAUUGUUUCUGUCAGAAAUAGUUGAAAAAAACAUGAAUAGCUGCUUGUGUUAAAAUGCACGACUGUCCAAAUAUAUAUGAUGUCUUACUUUUGUAUAAUUGCCUGUUUAAAAUGCAUUUUUGUCUGCGAGAUCGAUACUAACACAAAAAAUGUCAGUCAUGUCCUUUUCAUUCCUGCAGAGAGCUGUACUUUGUUGCAGUACGUUUUGAAAUUUCCUCAUUUAGAGUGGAAAAAAACAUGCAAGCAGAAGUUCAGCAUUGCUUAAUGUAAAGUUGCUCUUAUGAUGACUAAAUAUUAUUUAGAUUAAAUAUGAAUUUAAAUUUUGCUACCAGGAUUUCUGUGCCAUUAAUGUGGUACAAUUUUAUUUGAUUUGUAAAUUUUCUAAAACGUAUCCAUUACUUACCGAACUACUUCUGUUUCAUUAAUUGCGUUCACCACAUUCAUUGCCUCUUCUUGAAUAUAUUAAUAAAGAUACCUGUUUUGUUUCAGUUUAA